GAUGAAGCCACUUGGCUCUGAGAAAGAGGUCCUGUUCAAGAAGACAGAGGAGAAUAUUCAUUUUAAUCUGUCGAUGAAGAAACCCUCCACAGGACUUAACAACACACUUGAACCUGUAUAUCUCUUGGAUGGGAGGCCACUUAAUACUAUUGAGUACAGUCCGAAGAAAGUGAUUUAUGAAGGCUCAAAUAAAAUAUUUAACAAGGAUUCUUAGAUGAUGGAACUCAUUCUAAAAGUGUUGAUACGAGAAAGGACGUAGUCAUGACCCAACCUAAUAAGAAAACAUCUGAGAACCUACAAAUUUUCCAAUGAAAUUUCUCCAAAGAUCAUAACUGUGAUUGCUUAUUACACAGGGAGGCUAAGGUACAAGUCAAAAAUCCUUCCAGAGGCCGGAGAAGGCUCUUCUUGGAAUUCCUCUGUAGAAAUGACAAGAUCACUGUGAAAUAAAUUAGAAAGAGAAAAACAAAUAAUUGCAAGAAAUAUAUACAAGAAUAAUGAUACAACCAUUUUUAAUAGAAAAUUGCUACUGAACCUUGGACUUGAAAAGCAGUCAUGAGUGAGAAAACAAGGAAUUAGGGAGAAAACCUGAAGAAAACUCCAAUUCAGCAGGAAGAGAGGAAUCUCUUCAGGAGCAAAAGUAAGCUUCAUUAAGAGUGUCAGAGACAGGAAAUCUACUGUUGAUCAAACAGAUUUUAUGAUGAAAAGAGCUGUAAGAGGGGUUGAUAUUCCUGAAAAGAAGACUGCCUCAAAAAUAUCUCUGAAGUAUUUGAAAAACUUUAAAUAUGGCAAAAGUCCAAAGCGUACUUUCAGACUAAUCAAACUCGGCUGUAAAUAAGCUAAACAAAUCACUCCAAUCAAUUUCAAAAGAAUAUUCAACCUGAAAGUCCAGUCUCACAACAUUAGCAAAAAAUCUAAAACAGUUCCAUUUCAAAAGGCCUGAAUCUCCUCUCAAAGAGCUCUUAGACACCACUUCCAAAUAUGGAGCUUAUACUUAAAAAGUUUAUCUGGCCAUCCUAAAGCCUAAUUUUA